AUGGUGUCUCAGAACUCCAGUGUCAAUGACGAUUUAGACAAACGGUCUAGGUUCAGACGAUUUGUGGACAGUUUCGACAGACAUCCAAGAAGUUUCGAACCGGAUGCCGAGCUUACGCUAGCCCUCGACAAGAGCUUGAAAGCAUACCACAGCCAAUUGAUCGCCCUUGGAGGUGCUAUUGGGACAGGCUUGUUUGUCGGUUCAGGCGAGGGACUUGGCAAUGCCGGGCCGUGGUCUUUGCUAGGAGCUUUCGCCUUUGUUGGCUUCACUCUUUGUCCAACGGUGUUUGCGCUGGCAGAAAUGGCUACAUUGUUUCCGGUCCCUGGAGGUUUCUUCGAGCACUGCAGGAUGUAUACAGAUGAAGCUUGGGGAGGAGCAAUGGGUUGGAGUUAUGUUAUUCAAUGGCUUUUGACCCUGCCUCUCGAACUGGUCGCUGCUUCGAUUACCUUGCAAUACUGGAACAAUCCCCUACCCCAUGCAGCAUGGGUGACUAUUUUCCUUUUCGGUAUCGUCAUAAUCAAUGUCUUUGGUGUGAAAGGAUUCGCCAAUGUUGAAGCUACCUUGAGCAUUGUCAAAGUGGUGGCCAUCGUAGGAUUCAUUGUUUUCGGGAUCUUCCGUGAUAUUGGGCUGGGCUUCGACGGAAGGCCUAUGUUAGGCGUUGACAAGCAACCUAUCGUCGGGGUCAGGACUUGGUACCACCCAGGAGCCUCGACUAACGGAUGGUAUGGAUUCUGUAGUGUGGUAGUGACGGCGGCCUUUGCAUACUCCGGCAGCGAGAUGGUGGGUUUGACAGCCGCAGAACAAGAAAAUCCUAGGAGAGAUCUACCGAAGGCUAUCAAAAAAGUGUUUUGGCGCAUUGGUUUGUUCUACAUUGCUUCAAUAUUUGUUGUCGGUUUGCUUGUUGGCUAUGAUGACCCUCACCUACUGAGGGACAACAAUUUCAACUCUGCAGCUUCGCCAUUCGUCAUUGCCAUUAAGAAUGCUGGGGUGCCAAUUUUGCCCGCUAUCUUCAACAGUGUGAUCCUGGUAACGGUGCUCUCGGUCGCCAACUCCUCGGCCUAUGGAUCCUCUAGAGUUCUCAAUGCCAUGGCCAACGCAGGACUUGCGCCAAAGACUUUCGCGUACAUCGACACCCAAGGUCGACCAUUACAUUGUUUCUAUCUGGCUUUUACUGUUGGAUUGCUAUCUUAUCUCUCUGAACUCACAGAUGAGAGUGUCGUGUUCAAUUGGUUGCUGUCGACAGUUGGUCUUUCCGUAAUUUUCUCUUGGACCACUAUCUGCGUUACCCAUCUUCGCUUCCGCCAAGCACUGAAGCUUCACAACAAGGAUUUGGAUACGCUACCUUAUCGAUCACCACUCGGCAUCAUAGGUUCCUGGACAGGAUUGAUCUGCAACCUCCUCAUCAUAAUCCUACAAUUUGUGACUGCCGUACAUCCAAUCGAGCCGACAGUUCCAUACACGCCUAGUCAACGAGCUCAACAAUUCUUUCUCUCUUUCAUGUCAUUUCCACUGGUUUUAAUGACAUACAUCGGGUUCAAAUUCUUCAAAGGAACCGAGAUCCACGGAAUCAGCUUCUCACGAAGGACGAUAUUAACAUUCAAUAAUGUGUGGGUCGAGUGGGGAGAGGGUACCAAGGUUGUGAACCUGAGAACAGAUGUCGACUUCAGAGAGGCAUGGAAUUUGGGUGAUUAUAUCAAAUAUGCGAAAGCCCAUCCAGACUUGGUGGUCAAGGACGAUCCGCUUUGGUUCGUUCCUCCCAAGUUGAAGCCAUUUGUUAAAUCUUUUGCAUUUCCAUGGUACUGA